AUGAAGCUCUCCAACCAGUCGGAGGUCCCGGUCUACACGAUCUCGGGCUCCAAUACUGCCCGCGAGCUCCCAGAAUGGCUUGCUAGGCGGAGAAAGAGGAGUUUGAAGAAUGAUCCGGAGUGGGCGAACAGAGUUGAAUUAUUGCAGGACUUCGGGUUCGAGGAAGCCAGUCGAUGCAUCCGCGUUAGUGAAGAUGGAGACUGGGUUAUGAGCACAGGAACGUACAAGCCGCAGAUGCACGUUCACUCGUUACAAGCUCUGUCCCUGAGUUACGCGCGUCAUACGGAUGUUGAAAACACUACCUUCCUUCUACUCUCGUCGGACUACUCCAAGUCCCUCCACCUCCAGUCCGACCGCUCCCUCGAAUUUCACACUCCUUCGGGCAUGCACCACAAGACGAGGCUUCCCAGAUACGGCCGUGACUUGGUAUACGAUAGACAGUCGACAGAAGCUUUGGUGCCAGCGGUUGGUGUCAACAGCGACGGCAUGGGAGAAGUUUUUCGAUUGAACCUGGAAAUGGGACGAUACAUGCGAAGCUUCGAAGUUGAUGUGGGUGGCGAUGACUUUACGUCUGCUGGUGGAGGUACAUUGCAGGGUGGAAUCAAUACGGGCGCUGUCAAUACAGGAGCAAUUGCCGAGGAAAGUCACAAUCUUCUUGCCUUCGGUACCUCAAACGGGACUGUCGAAUUCUUCGAUCCUAGGGCGAGAAGCAGGAUCGGCACUCUGGUAUCACCCGCGCACGGUCCCGAUGAGUCUCGACAAGAAAUCACAGCUCUGGAAUUCCACAGAUCUGGUCUAACGCUCGGUACGGGUUCUUCGAACGGACUCAUCUUCCUCUAUGAUCUGCGCAUGUCCCGACCCAUGUUGAAGAAGGACCAGGGAUAUGGCUUCCCCAUUCACACAUUGAAAUUCCUCCAGCCUUCCACCGCCUCCCGCGAACAGACCCUGGAACCCAAGAUUCUCUCCGCGGACAAGAAGAUCAUUAAGAUUUGGGAUCCCCGUGAUGGAAGCCCAUGGACAUCUGUUGAGCCUGCUGUGGACAUCAACUCGGUUGCUUGGUGCAAGGAUAGUGGAAUGCUUCUCACGGCCAACGAAGGGCCUUUGCAGCAUUCGUUCUUGAUUCCCCAGCUUGGACCAUCGCCUCGCUGGUGUUCGUUCCUCGACAACCUUGUUGAAGAAAUGGCCGAAGACCCCAACGACCCCAACGCGUUCAACCCCAGCCAGGCGGGCUCUGUUUACGACAACUACAAGUUCUUGACCGUUCCUCAACUCAAGACUCUCAACCUGGAUCACCUCAUUGGCCGGACCAGCCUUCUGCGGCCUUACAUGCACGGUUACUUUGUGGCUCAACAGCUCUACGAAGAGGCCAGGCUUAUCACCAACCCCUACAUGUGGGAAGAAGAGCGUGCCAAGCGUGUUAGGGAGAAGAUCGAGAAGGAACGUGAAAGCCGAAUCCGUGGCAAGAAGAAGGCCGCUGUCAAGGUCAACCAGAGACUUGCCGAGAAGCUGCUCAGCAUCGAGGAGAAGAAUGAGCGCAAGAGGGCGCAGCGUGUCCUCAAAAGGGGCGGCGACGAUGACAUGGUUGAUGCUCCUCCUACCGCCGCCGCCGCCACCACCACCGAAGAAGCCGACAAGAACCCUCUGGGCGAUUCCCGUUUCGCCAAGCUCUUCGAGGACGAGGACUUCGCCAUCGACGAGACAUCGCGCGAAUUCCAGCUUCUCAACCCCAGCACCGCGGUCGAGGCGCCUCCCCGCAAGGAAAGAGGCCUCACCGCCGUGGAACAUGAGAUGGUCGACGACGUCCGGGGCAGCUCGGACAGCUCCGAUUCGGAAAGUGAUGGCGGACAAUACAAGUCCAAGCCCGCCGCUUCCAACAAGAUCUCCACCGCCUCCUACCGCCGCAACAAGCAGGGCCGCAACCAGGAAGCGCCCCGCAUGGAGAUCUCUUCCUCGACCAACGUCAGCUCGACCCGUGACCGUUCCUUCGGCUCGCGCGCGCAGAACAUGCGCACCAGGGAUAAGCCCUCUCGUCGGGGCGGGGUGGUCGGCGAGCGUGAAGUCACCUUCACUCCCGGCGCUGGCAGACAGCAAGCGAAGAAGAGUUUCAACCGACCCGAGCAACAGUCUACAUCCUCCCACAAUUUCCGGGCCAAGGAGCGUCGCAGCGCUUCCGGUAACACCUUCCGCAAGAUGUAA